CCCAAAUCCCAGCACCAGCCCCUGCUCCCCCCAGUGCCAGCUCCACCCCUGCAUCCCCUCCAUCCCAACACUCCUCAAGCUCGAAGGCUUUCUAAAGUUUCCCAAAGCUCCCUUUCCAACAAACAGAACGCUGAGCGAGUUUGGUCCACCCCAAGUUUAGGUCUUACCCAUUAAAAUACAGCAGGAGAAGCUUAAGCAUGGCCUAGCUUGCAGGCCCACAUCAAUCCCAAAAGGUGUGGGGGGGGGCUAAAUUCUUUCAAACCUCUUGUGCAAUGCUACGCACUUGCAUUUUCCACACGUUUUUUUUUUUUUUCUUCUAUGUGUCUGACAUGAAUCACGCUCCAAACGAGCGCACCAGAUCACCCCCAUCCCAGCUGGGGAUGAGCACGCACUCUGGCAUGCACAGAGGCUCCUUUGUGCCCAGGAGACAAAGACAGGCGGAUUGGGUGGACGUGGAAAAAAAUUCAGAGGCCCAACUCCUUCAAAGAAGCAAUAGAGCACGAUCCCAGCAGCCUAAGCCUGAACACACAGCACCUACCAGAGAAGCGGGUUUGCCCGGUGCCCAGCACAUUUCCUACCAGUGAGCUCAGAAGAUGGAGCUCCUUUGGCAAAUAGACCUCAGCAAUCUGGGUUGGUUACGGUGAGCAAACAGCAAGCUGCAGACCCACUGCUCCACCACACCUUGCACCAUGCCCGGGCAGACCCCAUUCAGUGCUUGCCCGGAUUGGUGGCCCUAUGGCUGCUUCCAGGGCAAGCUCCCAUAAUAUUUGUUCUUCUCACGAGCACGGGUGGCACCGCAGGGGAAGGAGUCAUGUUAAAGCAAAAUCCUGCCCCACAGCUGGAGCUGCAGGGUUUCUCCUCCCCCCCCAGCCAACAGCAUUGGGGUGGCUUGAGGGUCACAGAGUACUGGGGAGCUUCUAACAAAGGGCACAGCCCUAAAGGCCUCUUAAUAUUUUCAGGUGGUUUCAUCAUUCAGAUGCAUUUCAGGUGGUUUCGUUAGCACAGGGCUCAGCAGCACCUGCCCUCUGCUCCAUGGCCAUUUAUUUCAAGCUCUGCUGAAAGCAGCGUUUUACUUUCUUUAACUUCCCACACCGUCUGACCCCCCAGCCUUUCUGCUUUGUAAAUCAGGUGUGAAACCCUGUGCAGCAUAAACCUGUUAUUGCCUAUCUACAGGAAAGUGCCCUGCCUGGGGUCCAGGUGCUCAGCCCAGAACGAAUAGCAGUGGGAACACCCCGUGUACUUCUGCCUCUCUGAUGCCCCCAGGAACUGCCCCCAACCCCCACUGCAGCUUAAUGAGAAGACUGGCAACAAAUGGGCCCCACCUGAAGAGGAGUGGGAAUCUGGGGAGGGGGUCACUUGGAUGAUCUGGGCAUUGUGUACCUUCAUGCAGGUACAACAGAUGGGUUGAUAGAUGGAAUAGAGAGAAAUUAAAGCAGGAUUAGAGCUUCAGGUUUCCUCCAUUCAGGAUCUGGGUUCAGACUUUGUUCAGAGCUGUCUGGGUCGCCAAACCCUCCUGUCCUGCAGCAGCACCAGCUGUGCUGGGGGGCUGCUUUGUUCCCCCACUUAUCCCAUCCCAUUAGAACCGCAGGGAUUUACCACUAGUUCCCAUUAACCCCUCCCCAUGUCAGGCAUUUUCCUGAAAGUGCCUUUUCUUGCCCAAAACCGUGUGUUACUUUCUGUACCCGAAACCCCAUGUACCUUACAAGCUGUGUGGAUUUCCAACAUAAUUCUUUUUCAGUCUCCUUUAUUAACCAAGCCCGGCAGGACAAGGGGCGCAGCGGGGCUGUCACCACCUCGAGGAGCAGAUGUCCCCUCUUCACGCCGUGCCUCAGUUUCCCCACGCGAUACAGGGACGACUGCAGCUCGUGCCACCCUUCCGUCCCCCCUCCACGUGCCACUUGGUGGCACUGUUGGAAAGGAUUUCUUCGCCGGGUGCCUCCCUGCUGGCAUCCAGAAGUGGGAGUUUGGGGAAGGGGUCACUUGGAUUUGGGCAUCGCCUAUCCUUCUUUUUCUCCCUUGGUUCUGUUUCCUCUUCAUCCCCGUGCAGGCGCUCCCAGGCAGCCUCCUCCCGUGUCAGUCACUUGCAUCGCUCACCAAACACGUUCACUAAAGAGCCCUGGGUGUUGCUUGGGCAUCACCUUCAGCUAAAUCCCGCGGCACUAAAAAUAACCUUUUCUGCUUCAUUCCUCUGAAAUGCUUCCGCAGGUGGGGUGAGCUUAGGAAGGAUCAUCUCUUCACUCCGGAGUAAAGCACCAGAGCAGAAGUUAAUGAGCAAGAGACUAAUGAAGACAGGGGGAUAACAGUGUCAUUGGGCGAGGAUGCGGCACCCUACUGACGCCGUCUCCCUGCACAACGCUGCUGUAUAUAAGGUUGCUGGGAGCAGGCUGGCUGCACGCAGCACUCUCCUCACCCAGGUAAGCCCAGACAGACCCUGCAGGAAAGUGGGAGCUCAGAGGCCUGAGCAUCUUCAUAGAUCUGAGCUCUCCUAAAGGAAAAAAACACUCCAUUUAAUUUUAUCGAAGUCCUUCUGGUUCAUCUUCCUGUCCAGCUGUGUUGUCCGAGAGGAGCUCACCUGGAAACCAAGCAAAAGCCCUUUUUUGCCUUCUGGUAUCUGUCUCACAGGCUGCCUCUGUUCCGUGGGGAGAUGGCCCAGCUCCAGGAGAACAUCAAUGGCAUCAUCACUGCGUUCUACACGUACGCCAGGAGUGACGGCGACUGCAGCACGCUGAGCAGGGGGGAGCUGCGGCAGCUCAUCGAGCAGGAGUUUGAGGACGUGAUCGUGGAUGCCCAUGAUCCCAGAACUGUCGAGAAGGUGUUGCUCUUCUUGGAUGAAGACAGUAGUGGCAAGGUUGACUUUGGCGAGUUCCUCAGCCUGGUUUUCCGCGUGGCCAAGGCUUGCCACAGGCAGCUCCAGCAGUACCUGGAGCCAGAAGAUGCUCAGGAGCUGACAGUGCAGGAGGAGGCAAAUGAGGAGCAGCACCACAAUCCAGUCCCAGAGCAGGGGGUGAGCGAGCAGGAACAGGAGGAUGAGACACCGCAACGGGAUCAGGAUGCCCACCAGCACCAGGAGGGUGAGGCACCAAAGAACCACCAAGACACCGAACAGAAACAGGAAGGUGUGACACCAAAGGACCAGGACACUCAAAAGAUUCAGAAGAGUGAGACGCCAAAGGUUCAGGAUGAGGUUGAGACACCAAAGAACAACCAAGGCACCCAACAGAACCAGAAGAGCGAGACGCCAAAGGAUGAUCAGGACACCCAUGAGGAUGACAGGGUGAAGGCAACAGAAGAGGGUCCAAAGAGAGGUGAGACCGUGGUCACUGAGACCCCAGAGCAGAACAGAAAUACCCAAAAAGCUGAAAAAGCACCAGAAGGUGACCAAAAACCCCACCAGGACCGAGUGACUGAGACACCAAAGCCGGGACAGAACCACCACCAGAGGCAAGAGCGGGAGCCAACAGAGCAGAACCAGACUUCUCUCACCAAGACACCAGGGAGAACCACGGACAAGACCAAGGACCACGAGGCCCCUCGGCAGGACCCCAGCCCCAGAGAGACCCAAGAGCUGCUGCCUCCAGUGCAGGGCACGAGCCCCCACCCAGAUCCCCAGCCCUCAGGGACGCAGCGUGACCCAGCUCGCCUCCCUCACCCCACGGUGCUGGUGCAUGAAGGCAGUGGGGCUGAGGCAGAACGUGUCCCAGGACAACAGCAGCAUGGGGCUCAUGGCAAAGGAAAACACGUGGCGGAGCAGGAGCACCUGCAGCCUCAGUGGCCUCCGCAGAAGUAAAAGCUGCAGCAAUUCCUGUGUAACU